GACUCGCGACUCGCAAUUGGAGAGAAAACGAAAACAUCACAUCAGGUCAUCAGGUGCCAAAAGUUGCUUUGCCUGUCAAGUGGUCAUCGUCGGAGCGGAUUUGGGACGCGCGUCGCGGCCGAUCAGGCGUCACGAGCCACCGGAUUUGGCGGCCGAAUUGCUGCGGACGACGAGUGUUCGGCCAGGCCGACUUGUUACCCAUGUUAUUAUGCAGAAACCGAGCCCGAAAGUGGUGUCAUGGCCGCUGAGAUAAUAAGCGAUUCGUCGGGACACGAGAAAGAGUACGACUAUCUGCUCAAAUUCCUGCUCGUCGGCGACAGCGACGUCGGCAAGCAGGAAAUCAUCAGCGGACUCGAGGACGGCUCCACCGAGUCGCCCUAUUGGAACGGAUACGCCUACAAGACAACGACAAUCCUGCUGGACGGAAAGCGAGUGAGGCUUCAAGUAUGGGACACCUCCGGACAGGGUCGGUUCUGCACAAUCAUUCGAUCCUACUCGAGAGGCGCCCAAGGAGUGCUUCUGGUCUACGAUAUUACCAGCAAGUGGUCAUUUGAUGGCAUUGAUCGAUGGGUCAAAGAAGUGGAGGAGCAUGCGCCUGGAGUUCCAAAAGUUCUUGUAGGCAACAGACUGCACUUGGCAUUCAAGCGGCAGGUCGGCCAGCGCGAGGCUGAGAUGUACGCUGCCAAGAACCGGAUGGCAUUCUUCGAAGUCAGCCCACUGUGCAACUUUAAUAUAAGGGAGAGUUUUAGUGAAUUGUCAAGAAUGGCUCUUCACAGAAAUGGGCUGGAAAGGCUGUGGAGAUCAAAUAAAGUUUUGAGUCUGCAAGAGUUGUGUUGUCGAGCCAUUGUGCCUCGGACGACUGUCUAUGGAAUUGAGCAGCUACCAUUGCCACCACCUAUCAAGUCUCACCUCAAAUCGUACGCCAUGACGAGCUACACGGCUCGCUAUGUUGCUGGUACAUUAUUGCGUCCGAGUACCGCUUCGCACAAGAAGCCAAAACUGAUAGUUCCAACAGACGCAUCACGUUCGAGCUGCGUCGGCAGGAACUCCUGCUCGAUCUCCUGAUAAGUCAAACCUUAGUGAUAACAGAGAACUGAUCAUGCUUCCAGUAGAGGACACCUACUCACAGCCUCGACCAAGUUUUUGAACCCAAGUAAUCAAAAUCAAUACUCUUGUGGUGCAAUCUGUGACUUUCAUUAUUAUUAACUAAUCUACGGGCCACGAGCUGUUAUUCACCUUUUUUGUUCUUUGCACAAAUAAUUUUCCAGUUUUUUUUCCCAAUCCACUUAUAAAUUGUCAGUUAUGUUGGCCCGUGACGAAAGAUCUGGUGUUCGUAAUGGACAUUGUGAUGGAUUCAAUAUAAUGCACUAACCUCUUUUAGGUUAUCAUUAUUCUUUGCAUUGCUUUCUUUCCGAGAUUGGUAAAAAAAAUACUCUUGAAGAAAUACCUUUCAACAGAUUCCCUUUGACAUAUAUAUGGCAAUUCCAGUAGGAUAUUCAUUUUGAUCAUGUAUGUGGGCUCACGCACUGAAGCUUUUAAAUGUGUUGUCCCUCCGUUCUUUGUGUAGAGUAGGUGAUUUUGUAAGUGUUAAUUCAAAAUAAUAAUGUAUAGCUGGAUAUUUUGACUGUAUAUUCCAAUAAAAAAAAUUGGAGAAUAAAUAUUUGUUUUUAAGGAA